CCUAAAUACAUAGAGUUAAGCGCAUCAACUCUGUGUUUUACUGAUCCCCACAACGAGUCAUAUAUGCAUUGACAAGUCAAACUGGCUUUAUACACGCAGGGAAGAUGAAUUCUUCUACCAUAUCAACAGGUUAUGGGCCCAGAUACAAGCCAUUUGAUGGUAAUGCGGAUAAUUAUGACUUGUGGGAAGAAAAUUUUCACGGUGUGUUGUAUGUUAUGAAACUACAUCACGCAUUUGAUAGGUAUGCUUCAGAACGCCCAGAUGGUUAUAAUCUGGAAGAUGCCAAAAAGACAAUCUACAGUUAUUUGACAGGUUAUCUUGACAUAACGUCACUUGGCAUGAUAAAACGUGAAGCAAGAGAUGAUGGCGUGAAAGCUUUGGCAGUGCUACGAAAGUAUUACAUGAGAGAAACAAACCACAGAUUGAAUGCCUUAUGGAGGACAUUUAUAAACAAAAGACUUGAAGAAGGCAGUGUAACACAAUAUCUAUCAUCCAUGGAGGAAACAGUAGCAGCACUAAGAGAAUCAGGUGAGAGUGUUAGUGAUCGCCUCAUAGUGGCAACUACACUGAAAGGACUUCCACCAAAGUACAAGAAUUUUGUAGAUGUUGCAAAUCAACGUGACCCUUCAUAUGAUUAUCCUGGAUUAAAGACAGCCUUAUUUAGUCAUGAAGAUCACCUUAAAGAAAAUUCUGAUACAGAAAGAGUGAUGGUAACCCAGGGCAACAGCACAGCUAACCAGAAGAGAUGCUUUAAGUGUGGUGAACCUGGUCACUUUGCAUCAAAAUGCAAUAAAGGUGGUGAAUUUAAAAGAGUAAACAAAUAUCAGAAUAAUAAGAAAUGGUGUGAAUUACAUCGGUCAAGAACUCACAAUACCAGUGAAUGUAGGACAAAGAACCCCAGGAAGAAUAAUAACUCAGUAAAUUCUGCAAAUGACACAAGUGAAGAUAAUCAUGAAUAUUAUUUCCAUAUAACACACUCAUCAAGGUUACGACCUGUUGAAGGGACCUCAGAGUUGUGUGACAUUGGAAAACAGAAUAUAUCAAGCUUAGAAGCAGAUGAAAAUUUACUGAUGAUUGACAGUGGCUGCACUUCACACAUAGAGGAAAAUGAACCAAAAUUUGUGAGAUUUCAAGAGUAUUUUGAUCCACAAAACCAUUACAUAGAACUGGUGUAACGAGCACAAGGGAUGUGAAUUUAGAAUGACCCAAAAUUCGUCUGGAAACCCCCCUGUAUACACCUCACUUAGUCUUUAUACACAUGUAUUAUUUAAGUAUACCUCAGUUUUUAGCUUUAACCAUGUGAGAAAAAGGUACUUAAUUAUUUUUCUAGAAAGAUGAUAUUUUAUUUUAAUAGUUUUACAUGAAAUUCUAUAUAUUUCAAUAUCAUAUUUUUUCUAAGAUAAGAAAAUUGUAAAAUAUGAUAGUUUACCCUACAAAGUAUAAGUUUUUUUUUGUUACCCCCCCACCAUACAUUCUCUUUAUUUAAAGGGUACCCUAUUAUAUUUCAAUAGUAUUAUUAUAUUAAGGUUGUAUAAUUGAUAUUUUUGUAAAGAAAACCAUAUAUAUUAUUUUUGUUAAUGGAAGGAUUCAUUUAAGUUCUGAAAAUUAUGCAUGUAUAGAUUAAGAAGAACUGUAUAAGGGUAAUAUAUGUGAUCUGAGUAGACUUUAAAAUUCAAAGUAUAUACAGUGCUAAAUCCUGAAAACAUAGCUAUAAUCAUAGAGAGAGAGAUCAGAUCAGAGAGGAGUGCAAUACAGCAGCCUGAAAGAGUAUUUGAUUAUUGUGAAAUAUCUGAGGAGGAUGACGCGGCGGCGGAGGAAGGGGGCAGACGGGGGAGUCGAGUUUUGGUGCCGCUGCUGUGAUGACCUCGCGUGUGCCCUUCUCCAGCCUGAUAUACUUUGUGUUGCCCUGUUAUAUGCUGUAUUGUGCAGUGUGAUGUGCUGGUUUGCCUCCUGUAUUGUGCCUAUAGAAAAGUGUACGGGUAAAUAACUGUGUAAAUAAAGGAAAGACAGUGAUUGUGAGUUUUUCUUUCGUGCCCUGCCUCGCCCGUGGCGUUUUCCCUCGUGGUGUUUUGGGACGGUGUGGUACUCGGUGCCUCUUGGAGCUGUUCAGUGUU